GGCUGUGCGGCAGGAUCUCCAGGGAAUGAAUGGAUUUUCUUCAGCACCGAUGAAAGAAACACACGCUAUAGGAAAACAAUGUCCAACGGGGGACUGCAAAGAUCUGUCAUCCUGUCAGCAUUUUUUCUCCUACGAGCCGUUACUGGAUUCUCUGGAGAUGGAAGAACUAUAUGGUCUAAAAAUCCUCAUUUUAGUCCGGUAAAUGAAAGUCAGCUGUUUCUCUAUGACACUUUUCCUAAAAACUUUUUCUGGGGCGUUGGGACUGGAGCAUUUCAAGUGGAAGGGAAUUGGAAGACAGAUGGAAAAGGACCCUCUAUAUGGGAUCAUUUCAUCCAUACACACCUUAAAAAUGUCAACAGCACUAAUAGUUCCACUGACAGUUACAUUUUUCUGGAAAAAGACUUAUCGGCCCUGGAUUUCAUAGGAGUUUCUUUUUAUCAAUUUUCAAUUUCCUGGCCAAGGCUUUUCCCUGAUGGAAUAGCAGCAGUUGCCAAUGCAAAAGGCCUCCGGUACUACAAUACUCUCCUCGACGCUCUAGUACUUCGGAACAUUGAACCUGUAGUUACUUUAUACCACUGGGAUUUGCCUUUGGCACUACAAGAAAAAUAUGGGGGGUGGACAAAUGAAACCAUUAUAGAUCUCUUCAGUGACUAUGCCACAUACUGUUUCCAGACGUUUGGGGACCGUGUCAAAUAUUGGAUUACAAUUCACAAUCCAUAUCUAGUUGCUUGGCAUGGGUAUGGGACAGGUUUGCAUGCCCCUGGAGAGAAGGGAAAUUUAGCAGCUGUCUACACUGUGGGACACAACCUAAUCAAGGCUCAUUCAAAAGUUUGGCAUAACUACAACAUAAAUUUCCGUCCACAUCAGAAAGGUUGGUUAUCAAUUACAUUGGGAUCCCAUUGGAUUGAACCAAACAGAUCAGAAAAUGCUAUGGAUAUUCUCAAGUGCCAACAAUCUAUGGUUUCUGUGCUUGGGUGGUUCGCCAACCCCAUCCACGGGGAUGGCGACUACCCAGAGGUGAUGAAAAAGAAGUUGCUCUCUAUUCUACCCCUUUUCUCCAAAGCAGAGAAGAAUGAGGUGAGGGGCACAGCUGACUUCUUUGCCUUUUCCUUUGGACCCAACAAUUUCAAGCCCCAGAAUACCAUGGCUAAAAUGGGACAAAAUGUGUCACUCAAUUUAAGAGAAGUGCUGAACUGGAUUAAACUGGAAUAUGGCAACCCCCGAAUCUUGAUUGCUGAGAAUGGCUGGUUCACAGACAGUCAUGUGCAAACAGAAGAUACCACAGCCAUCUAUAUGAUGAAGAAUUUCCUCAACCAGAUUCUUCAAGCAAUAAAGUUUGAUGAAAUACGAGUGUUUGGUUACACUGCCUGGUCUCUCCUGGAUGGCUUUGAGUGGCAAGAUGCUUAUACCACCCGCCGAGGAUUAUUUUAUGUGGAUUUUAAUAGUAAACAAAAAGAAAGAAAGCCGAAGUCUUCGGCACAUUACUAUAAACAGAUCAUACGAGAAAAUGGUUUUACUUUAAAAGAGUCCUCACCAGAUAUGCCGGGUCAGUUUCCCUGUGACUUCUCCUGGGGUGUCACUGAAUCUGUCCUUAAGCCCAGGUCGGUGGCUUCCUCCCCACAGUUCAGUGACCCUCACCUCUACGUGUGGAAUGAGACAGGCAACAGACUGUUGCACCGAGUGGAAGGAGUGAGGCUGAAAACACGGCCAGCUCAAUGCACAGAUUUUAUCAGCAUCAAAAGACAACUCGAGAUGUUGGCAAGAAUGAAAGUCACCCACUACAGGUUUGCUCUGGACUGGCCCUCAGUCCUUCCCACUGGCAAUCUGACCACGGUUAACCGCCAGGCUCUGAGGUACUACAGGUGUGUGGUCAGCGAGGGGCUGAAGCUCAACAUUUCCCCAAUGGUCACAUUGUACUAUCCGACCCAUGCCCACCUAGGCCUCCCGACGCCCCUGAUGCACAGCGGGGGAUGGCUGAACCCAUCCACGUCCAAGGCCUUCCGGGACUAUGCUGGACUGUGCUUCCAGCAGCUGGGGGACCUGGUGAAGCUCUGGAUCACCAUUAACGAGCCCAACCGGCUAAGUGACAUUUACAACCGCACUAGUACCGACACCUACAGGGCUGCCCACAACCUGCUGAUCGCCCACGCCCUAGCCUGGCGCCUCUACGACCGGCAGUACCGGCCCGCGCAGCACGGGGCCGUGUCCCUGUCACUGCACUCGGAUUGGGCGGAGCCCGCCAACCCCUACGCCGACUCGCACUGGGAGGCGGCCGAGCGCUUCCUCCAGUUCGAGAUCGCCUGGUUUGCAGAACCCCUCUUCAGGACCGGGGACUACCCGCUGGCCAUGAGGGAGUACAUUGCCUUCAAGAACAGGCAAGGGCUCUCACGCUCCAUGCUGCCUCAGCUCACAGACGAGGAGAGGAGGCUGGUCAAGGGCGCUGCCGACUUCUACGCCCUGAACCACUUCACCACCAGGUUCGUGAUGCACGCGCGCCAGAACGGCAGCCGCUACGAGGCGGACAGGGACGUCCAGUUUCUGCAGGACAUCACCUGCCUGAGCUCCCCCACCCGCCUGGCCGUCCUGCCCUGGGGAGAGCGGAAGAUGCUGCGGUGGAUCCAGGAGAACUAUGGAGACCUGGAUGUGUAUAUCACGGCCAACGGCAUCGACGACCCAUCCCUGGAAAAUGAUGAACUCCGAACAUACUACUUAGGGAAAUACAUUCAAGAGGCUUUGAAAGCAUACCUGAUUGAUAAAGUCAAAAUCAAAGGCUAUUAUGCAUUCAAACUGACUGAAGAGAAAUCUAAACCCAGAUUUGGAUUCUUCACAUCUGAUUUCAAAGCAAAAUCCUCAAUUCAGUUUUACAACAAACUGAUCAGCAACAGUGGCUUCCCUUCUGAGAACAGCAGUCCUAGAUGCAGUCAGACUCAAAGAAACACAGAAUGCAUUGUCUGCUUAUUUCUCAUGCAGAAGAAACCGCUGAUAUUCUUUGCUUGUUGCUUCUUCUCCACCCUGGUUCUACUUUUAUCAAUUACCAUUUUCCAUAAGCAAAAGAGAAGAAAAGUUUGGAGAGCAAAGAACUUACAACACAUACCAUUAAAGAAAGGCCACAAAAGAGUUCUUAGCUAAACUGAUCCCAAUUCUGUCUGCAUGAAAUUCUAAAAAUUCACUCCAGGUCCAUAUACUGGUAACUUCCAGAAGACGUAACGACAUUGCAGGAAGAAGGCAAUUUGAGUAUCAGUGGUAAUUCACGGUGCCAGUAAUCAAAGUCAGUGCUGUGUAGUUCAAAUGAGGUUUUCCUUAGAUGAUGACAUCUGAAUUCACUUCUUGGAUCUGAAGAUAAAGGCUUUGCCUAGAUACAGUAAGCUACGAGGACUGAUACAUUACUUCACAAAGUGUGGUGAACUGUUUACCGUUAUUGUCUAGCUUUCUUCCAUAAAUACCAACAGCUACUUAUAAGUUUUGAUAAAAUGCAGCUUUGUUUUUGUUAAGACUCCACAGCAGACAUUUAAAACUCUUUAACAGUGGAUAGUCAGUGAUAUAUUGUCACUUCUAUAAGGUGCUUUUCUCCUUAAGUCAGGGUGGUUUCCAAAUGUAAAGAAUACAAUAGAUUAAGUAGUGCAGUUCAUCAAUCCCUUAAGUUUUUCUCAAUAGAAAUAAAAACUAUCAAGCAUUCAUCAACAUCUGGUUUUGUGAGGUCUCUCCCUUUGUCAGAUCUGAUUUUUAAAUAAGGUAUAACUCUAACAUGUAACUUCCACAACUCAUCCAUGGGAAGAUCACAAAACUAAACCUGAGAACAAGACCCACCUGCAUGUGGAGAGAUGUCACUUAGCCUCAGUACAGCAACUUAUUUAGACAGAUAAGUCUUCCUCACUCGUUUUUCAGGAGGUGAUGAGAUCUAGCAUACCUAUGAACACUAACACUCUAAGAUGUAACUUUUAUUACCGAGUCACCAAAGGACCAUAUUCCCUAAAACCUCUCUCCCCAAGGAGCUUCACAGUUGAUGCCGUAUGCAUAGAGACCUCCCAGAGGUAUACAAUACAGCCGUAUCUUAACCAAGCAACUCACUUAAGAUUUGUUUAUAGUGUAUUCUAAACCCUGGAGGAAAAAACUAAAGUAUACAUUUUACCCAUUAUACCCAUUCUCUCUUUAGGUUAGUCAACAAUUAAAUAACCACCCAUUACACAAGUAACUAGUCACUGUCCACCCUCUUCAGGAAUUUACUUUCUUAAGAGUCAAAAGAAAGCUCUUUUGCUCACAAAGCCUUGGUAGAAAACUACCCUAAAUUAAGGCAAUUGUUUUCCAGGUCCACCUACAUCAGAACCCAAAUUUGUACAUAACUGAUAUUGUAACUGAUCAUGAAAUAAUAGCAAGUCUCAAAGAUACUGUGCAUUUAACAGUUGAUUCAAGUAAAUGCAAAAGUGAUGAGCAAUCAAUUUGCUAUUGGGCUGACCCAGUUUAAAUAGUAAAAUUUAGCUUGUUUUUCUCAGUCUAAUCUCCUUGCCCCCAUUGCACUCACUCUCCCAACCUUGGCAGUUUUUAGUUUAUGUUUUAAAAUAUAUCUUCAAGGAAUUUUUGAUAUUUUCUCUUUGAGAACCAAGUGGGCCUGAGGCUAUACACAAUUACAACUGGUUGACUGUUUUAAGUUUAUUAACGAGGCAAAAAGACCAUCAUUUACAAGAAUCACUUGGCUGGGUUUUUUCCCUUUGUGCCACAUGGACUCACUCUUAAGCCCAGAGCUCCAGUGAGUGAGUAUUCUCAAAGCAAUUACCAGCUGAGCAACUCACCAUCAACUUUUUAACUUCUAACAUCCAAGGUUUUGAAAAAGAAAUGCAUAUUCAGCAACAGGAUUAACAAAGAUUUGGAAUUAGAUUUAGGUUUUUUUCUGGUCUCUAAAUACUAUGUGCUCUUUGACUAAAGUAUCUAGUAUUCAUGGCUUACAAGUCCAUUCGUUCUCACUACUUUUUUCUCUUCAUGUUUAUAGCUUAAGCUUAAAACCUAAGUCCUUUUUUUAGCUUGUUGCCUGGCCAUAAACUCCUCCAAAUAGUGGAGUCCCUAAAUCCAGUGUUUACAGUACCCCCUUUCUGCCACCUAGGAAUUAUUUUACUAGUUUUUAAGCCAUCUUGAUACAAGAAUAUUUAGGUAUUUAAUAUGGUUCAUGAUUAUACCAUUAAGGUUUAUUUAAACUCAUUUAUAAGUCAUAAAGGGUCCAUUAGAAACUGUUGAUAGCUUUUGAUAAGAUCUUCAGAAUUUAAGCUUUUUGAGACUUGUUGGAAAAAUCACCUUAAAAUAUUAAUGUUAGAUUUUUUUAUAUUCAGUAUAACCCUUUCACUAACAAGUCUUUGAUGUAGAUGGAAAAUACCCCAACUAUGUUAAAGAGCCUCUUAAAAAUGAUGUCUGUACAUUGUGACUAAAUGUUUAAUUCUCAAUGUAACUUAUUCCAAAUAAACUGGUUUAUUAUAUUUAAUCAAUAACCUAGUCAAUUUUAAGAACUGUGGAAUGUGAAUGGAUCUGGUGUUGCCCCUGGAUUCUGUCCCAACAAUGCCUCCCCCCAUCUUCCCAAGCUGUGCCUCCUGGAUAACUUUCUUCUCAUUGUGGACAUCUACACCUCAAGUUGGUAAAGUAACACACAAAUGCUUAUCCAUACACACAGAAGACAUGAAAGUCCUCCUUGGGCUGACUAGUUUUUACCACACCCAACUUACUAAAUGGCAAUCAUUCCUUAGAUAAACCAGCCUCCAACAGUUGUCCUGUGAAGGUCUCACCCAACAUACCAAUCCACUUCACUUGGAGAAAUUAUAUUU